AUGGCUGAAUCAUAUUUUUCCGAAUUGGGCUUGGUGCAGUACCUGGGCAGGCUCACAUAUGAAGAGUUUGGGAGGUUUAAGGAGCUCCUCCAGUGUGAACCUCUGAAAUCCCAGCUCCCGCCCAUCCCCUGGCCGGAGAUCAACAGCGCCUCAGAGGAAGAACUGGCCAGGUUUCUGGUGGGGCACUACCCUGGCAGGCAGGUGUGGGACAUGACCUUGAGCCUCCUCCUGCAGAUUGAUAGGAAGGAUCUCUGGAUGCAGGUGCAGGAAGAGAUGGGAAAUACAUCCUUUGCCUACAGAAAGCAAAUGAGGGAAAAAUUCCAGCAGGUGUGGGAAAGGGAAACCUGCCUUCAAGUCCCCGAUGAGUUCUAUAAAAAUACCAUGAGGCCCCAGUACACAUGGCUGUGCAAUGCAUUUGCUCACCAGGUAGCCAGCGGCGUCACCGCAGUCCUGUUUGGCCCAGAGGGCAUCGGGAAAACAACGCUUCUGAGAAGGCUGAUGCUGGACUGGGCGGAGGGAACCCUCUGGGAGGGCAGAUUCAUGUUCGUGUUCUUCUUUGCGGUCUACGAGAUCAACUCAGUGGUGGAGACCAGUCUGGCAGAGCUGGUCUCCAGGGACUGGCCCGGGGCCUCUGCGGUCAUCGGCGAGAUGUUCUCCCAGCCAGAGAGAACCCUGUUCAUCCUGGAUGGGUUUGAGAAGCUUAACUUUGACCUGGAAAUUCGGACUGACUUGUGCACCAAGUGGGAUCAGAGACAGCCGACCCCCGUUAUCCUGAGCAGCUUGCUGCAGAAAGAGCUGCUCCCUGAAUCAUCCCUGCUGCUUGGGCUACGGAAUGCCAGAGAGAUGAUCCCCAUCCAUUACUUGUUGAAGCAGCCAAAGGACAUCAUGAUCUUCCAUUUCUCGAAUAUUCUGCUAGAGUUGUAUUUCUCCCAGUUCUUCCAUGUUCCAGAACAUGCGUCUGCGGCCCUGGAGUUCGUGCAGUCCAGGUUGGAUCUGUUGUCUGUGUGCAACCGGCCCAUCUUCUGCCGGAUGACCUGCAGAUGUUUGAAAUGGCAGCUCGAGUCAGGGGACUACUUUAGAAUGUCCGCCCACAACAUCACUUCUUUCUACGUAUCCUUCCUCACAAGUGCAUUCAAAAGAAGAUAUCUGAAAUGCUCACCAGAUCAGAAUAGGGCCCAGCUCCAAAGCCUCUGCAUGCUAGCUGCACACGGAAUGUGGACACGCAUGUUUGUGUUCAGCUGUGGGGACCUGGCCAGAUUUGGGGUCUCCUCAGUAGACAUCCUGCUGUGGCUGGGCCUGGACAUCCUUCAGCCCAGCGGCCAGUGCUUCAUCUUCAGGGACCUGGCCAUGCAGUCGUUUUUGGCCGCCAUGUUUUAUUUCUUCAACGAAUCUACAGAUGCUGCUUUUGGUAGUGUGGCUCAGCUGGUGUCAGCGGUCUUAUGUGACAGCCAGAGCCAUUUGUUUGUGGAAGGAGUGUUCGUGUAUGGACUCACGGAUGAGACAACAAGGAAGGAGCUGGAGACCUCACUCGGUUUCCUGCUGUCAAAGAACAAGAAGCUGGAGAUCAUGCAAGCUCUAACGUGUCUCCGAGAGCGGGGCGAGGCCAUGAGCCUCCUAGAGUUGUUCCAAGGCUUGAUGGAAACCAGGGAUGAGGCCUUUAUGGGCAGCGUGCUAGAUCUAUUCGAAGAAAUGUCGCUCACAAUUUGCGAGAUGGAUCACUUCAUUGUGGCCACCUCCUGCCUGGAACACUGCCGGAGGCUGAGGACGCUGCGCCUGUGCAUCCACACCAUCUUCCAGGACUCCAAGCACAUCUGGGACCUGGAGGAACAUGGGAGCAACAGGACGUUCCGAGGCCACCGAGGGGAGGACGGGAGCACCUGUAUGCCUUCUGGAGAUUAUGAGCGAGAAUUUUUUGAGGCAGUGCUUCGUAGCCCUUACCUGAGGCAGGUGAAUCUGUAUGGAACCGGCUUCGAGGAGAAUGUCACCAUCUUAUGUGACACACUGAUGAAGCCAGACAACACCGUGGAGGACUUGAUGCUGGGGAAGUGUAACAUCUUGACGAGGCAUUGCGAGAGCUUCAGCUUCGUCAUAAAGUAUCAGAGGCUGCGGUGUCUGUCCUUGGUGGACAAUCCUAUUGGGAACAGAGGGGUGAAGCUUCUCUGUGGAGGCCUGAAGGACCCAAACUGCAUCCUGAACACCCUCAUGUUGUCAUACUGCUGUCUCACCCAGGUCGCUUGUGACUACAUUGCCCAAGCCCUUCGGGUGAACCGAUCUCUGUCUCUGCUUGACAUGGGGUCAAAUUUCCUGGAGGAUGUUGGGGCGGUGAAUCUGUGUAAAGCCUUGCGACAACCAGACUGCAGCCUACAGGAGCUCUGGCUGCCAGGCUGUUACUUCACUUCUGGGUGCUGCGAGGUCUUCUCCGAGGCAAUGACCUGCAAUGGUAACCUAAAGACCCUGAAACUCGGGGGCAACAAAAUCCAGGAUUCCGGCGUAAAACUCCUGUGCGAGGCCCUGCAGCACCCCAAGUGUGGACUGCAGACGCUCGGGCUGGACAUGUGUCCGCUCACCUCCGACUGCUGUGGAGACCUUGCCGCGGCCCUCACCAGCUGCCCAUCGCUCAGGAGGCUGAGCCUGGACUGGGUGGCCUUUGACUAUGCGGGUGUGGAGGCACUGUGCGUGGCGCUCAGCCACCAGGACUGCACCCUGGAGCUGCUGGGUCUGGACAAAGCUCUGCUGGAUGAGGACUCGCAGAAGCUUCUGGAAGUGGUGGUGGAGAAGCGCGUCCCCCCACUGACCAUCACACACCAGCCCUGGCUCAGCGAGGAGUACCAGCUGAGGGGGGUUCCUGAGCUCUAG